AUGUUGCCAGACGUGGUCGAAACAUGUUCUGAGGAUGAUGUUGGCUGGGGCUCUGGUUGGCUCCAAAAAGAUUUUGUCAUAGAUUUCAACACCGCCACUCUGGGAGCAACAGGGCCGUUGACUGAUUCGAUCAAUAUUGACACCUUCUCAGACUUCAUCGUUCCCAUCAAUGGGCAUGUGCUUUUGGGAGUCAUCGGUUUUUGUGUUUUCCUUGCAGCGCAUGAGGCGUACGUUGCUGCAGGUGCCAAGCCGCUAUUGGCAAACCACGAGCGAAGGAACAGUGCGUCCCUUCAAGUUGUAAUCGUGAUAUCCUGGAUCCUGAUAUUCAUGAAUGUUGCGAUGCUCGUUCCUGUGUCCUUAGAUUUUUCACUGGCGAUGGGGCAGUCCGCCACAGCCAGUGGUGUUUUCCUCAGCGGAGGUACCGUGUUCUCAGUGGUGGGACUGAUGGUAGGUAAGCCGCUCACAAGUGAGGAUAACUGGAACCAGCAGUUUGCCAGAAGGUUGUUUCUGGUGUGCAAUUUGCUGUGUUUGGUCUUACUUUUCGGGAUUGCCAUUUUGGUGGAAAUGGCUGCAACUUGGAGUUUGCCAACACGGCGUGGGACAUUUUGGUUGGUCCUUAUCCUCAAUGGCAUUGUUGCGUUUCUUUCAUCAAUCCCGAUGGUAUCUUGGAUGACAAUGUGGCAGAUCAUCACGCCGCAUAGCGAGAAGACCUUCUGGCAAAUGAUGGCGCAGUGCGGCCGAAACGGGGGCUUUGUUCUUGGCCCUGUUGCAUUCGCUGGGUUAAGCUUGCUAGUUCGUCAAGGUCGAGAGGUGUCACCCAUCAGCAUGAUGAGCUGGUCCAUGAUUGGCUUGGUGGUUUUGCAAGCUGCGGAGCUGACAGGGGCAUCGCUCUUCUAUCCUACGAUUUUGGGUCAGUCUGAUGAGGGUGCGGCUGAGGAGGCAAGUCCCGAAGCAGAAGGAGAUUGCCUGGAGAUUGCACCAGAGCAAUUGCCAGCAGAGUCUCGCGAAGACAUUGUGAAAUACAUGAUCGCAUACAGUUACGAGCGACCUUUCACAAUCUCGGCCAUUGAGGUGGCCACGAUGAUGCUGCUAGAAGUUUCAUACGGCUGGUCGGCCGAGCUUUGCGGAGCCUCUUUCAUGGUAGUGGGAGGUGCCAGCCUGACUUUGACGGCAUUCUCCAGCUUAGUGAUCUCCAGAAAGUGGAUGCCAGAAUCCCACGUUUUCCUUGGCUCGACUGCAGCAACCUUGCUCGGUGUGCUGUUGCUGUUUGAUUGGAAAUUCUUCGGGGCUGGCACAUUGCUGUUCGCAGAUGCCAUAAUCUAUGGGGCCUCCAGCGUCUCCAACGGUGUUGCGCAAGGACUAGCAACUCGUGCUGCAAUGCAGGGAACAGCCUGGGGCAUCGAGACGUAUCGCAUUAACAAUUUGGUCGGCGUCAACGUGAGCCGUUUUAUCGGACCCGUUGUCGCACGCUUCAUGAUAGAUUUUGGGGGUCGCAACACAUACGCGGCAGUGCAGAUGCUUGUGUGCUUUCUAGGAACCUGCACCGUGUACAAAACGGUGUGUUUGGUUUGGGCAGGAAAAUCCAAAAUGCUCUCAAAGCCACAGGCCUGCCAAUGA